CGUGGCCGUCGCGCUCCUCGCCGGUUUGAAAGCAGCCCCCCCCGCAGUUGACUCGGACGAACGGAAGGCCUUCGGGAGCCGAGAAUUUGCUUUGGGAGCGAGCGGACGCGUGCGCGUGUCCGUGCGGGGCGCGCACGCUUCGGCGCGGUCCGCCAUGGAUUUGUUUUGGAUCGUCGGCUCGCUGGUGUGCGCCCGCUUGGCUUCGUCCGAGCGCCACGGCGUCUUCUGGAACGGCACCAACCAAAAGUUUCGAAGUGGCGACUAUACGGUGGAGGUGCGGCUCAACGACUACCUGGACAUCGUGUGCCCCCACUACCCGCGGGGCGAGGUGCCGCCGCCGGACGCCGAGCGCUACGUGCUCUACAUGGUGGAGCGCCAGGACUACGAGGCGUGCAAGCCGCGCUCGUACCAGCAGAUGCGCUGGGAGUGCGGACACCCCUUCGCCGCGCACGCCCCCGAGAAGUUCUCCGAAAAGUUCCAGCGCUUCACGCCCUUCAGCUUCGGGAAGGAGUUCCGCAAGGGAGAAAGCUACUAUUACAUCUCGAAACCUUUACACCAUCACGGCGAAGAGUGCCUGCGGCUCAGGGUGGACGUGGUCGCGGCCGACGGCUCGCAGGAGGCCAGGGUGGCCAAAGGAGGCAAGGCCGCAGAUGGCGUCGCCAGUGCCGCUGCCGGGGGUGGGCUUCCCAACCCGUCCAACAGACUGCCCGCAGCCGACGACCCGGUGGUCGGCCUCCUCCCCGAGGUGCGGAAGAGCGUCCGGAGCGGUUCGGCGGCGCCCACGCCGCGGUCCGUCCUGUCCUCGCUCCUUGCGUUCUCGCUAUUGGCCUUGCUGGAGGGUUUUUUCUUUAGAAUGUUUGUGGGAGCGCCAUGAAGGGACAGUCUGCGGGGAGCAAACCAUCCAGCGCCUGAGCUCUGCCCCGUGGCCGGCCGCGGGGCGAGACGGCGGGACAAAGAAGAGAUGGGACUCGCGUCGGAGCCAAUGGCGGCGACAAAUGCUACCAAAUGGCAAAUUGAACCGACUGCCCGAAGAUUGGUCGCGUCCUCC